AUGUCAAUUUUCCGCUCGCGCGGCGCCGAAACGGCCGGAGCGCGGCCCAUCGGCCGAGAAAAUUCCGCGACAUUGCCAGCCGGCGGUUUUAUUUUCAGCACAAAGGAAAAACCGCACGGGGACGGGGACGCGGCGAAAGGGAAAGGGAGGAUGACGGGCGGAUUGAUGAUGGAUGCGGCGAGGAGAUGUACAUGUAGGAAAAAGUUGAUGAUCGAGGAGGGAAUUAAUCGGGUAGGUGUGAAUGAUUCAGGUGGAAAAGUGCAGGAAGAAUUGAUUAAUUUUACUAUUAAGGGAGAAUUAGUGUGGGGAGAGAAAUGGGAAGAAUUGAUGAAACAAUCAAAAUCAAAACCGAGCUUUAACAUCCUUCCCACACCAUCCUCCGUUUCCUAUCCCGCGUCCUUCCGCACUCGCACCGACAUCGGGCGAAACUACAGCAAAGAAAACCCCACCGCGACGUCGACGUCAACCCCGAAAGGCGCCCCCGUCGGCCGGCGUUCGGAGACUCCGCGGAAAAAAAUCGACUCGGCCGUCCCCGUCGCAACGCCGACCGCCCGGUCGCUGCGGCAACGCCGUUUUGAUUUUCGGCCGGUGUCGCAGCAGCGGCGCCGGCGCCGUCGGCGCGCCCCGACGUCGGGCGAUCGCGCGGACUCGGGCGCGGCGCGAGCGCGACCGUAUCGGGGGUGCGGGAGUUUUCCGGAGCACGUCGAACGGCGGAUUCCGGACCGAUCCAGAGCGGAGAGUUUUCGAGAAGAGGCGGCCGACCGUCGGGCUCGACACGCUCCAAACGCAGUGCGGACAGUUCCUCAACAGCGUUUCGGGUCGAUUUUCGAGGAUAAUGCGGUGCGAGUACUGGGACCGAACGUAAUGGCGUCGGGCGAGCGCCACUCGGAGGGCAAGUUUCUUGAAAGGACGUCCACCUUCCCAUAG